CAUCUCCUUCUUCUUCCGGGUCAGAUGUUCAUUCUCUUGACCUGUCUGUCGUGUUCGUCUUGCAUUAUGGCUGCGCCCAGCCGGGAUGAAAAGAAAAGGAAGCAGUUUGGGAAUCGUUUUCUCACUGAUGCGGCUCGGAUUUUUCAACACAACGCCUGGGAUAAUGUGGAAUGGUCUGAAGAGCAGGAAGCUGCUGCACAAUCAAAGGUCCAAGAACAGAGCAUGCAAUUAGUACCACAAGAUCAGCAAGAUGCUUAUGAAAUCAGUGCCAACAUGUAUUGGGAUGAUUUCUAUAAAACCCAUGAAAAUGGAUUUUUUAAAGAUCGACACUGGUUGUUCACUGAAUUUCCUGAACUAGCUCCAAAUCAUCAUCAAGGUCAGACUGGCAUGUAUAAUUCUAAGGAAAUUGUGAAAAACAUCAAAAAUUCAAGUCUUGGAAGCUACUCUGACAAUAAACUUUGUACAGGAGAUAAUAAAGGCUUGGAACAUCUGGAUACAGAAAGAAAGGAUAAUAGCAACAUCACUUAUCAGCUGCAGUCAGAAGAUAAAAUGGCAUCACAGCUGCAGGAAGAGAAAGUAAUAAAAAACAGUGACUUCCCAGGAUCAUCUGCCACAUACAGAAUAUUAGAGGUGGGAUGUGGUACAGGAAACACUGUCUUUCCUAUCCUUCAAACCAACAAUGAUCCAGGCCUUUUUGUGUAUUGUUGUGACUUCUCUACUACAGCAGUGGAUCUUGUCCUGGCCCAUCCAGAAUAUGAUGCCUCUCGUUGCUUUGCCUUCGUUCAUGACCUGACCAAGAAUCAGACUCCUUUUCCAAUGCCAGAUGAGAGCCUUGAUGUGGUAGUUCUUAUCUUCGUCCUUUCAUCUAUUCUUCCAGAAAAAAUGCAGUGUGUAAUCAAUAGGCUUAGCCAACUUCUAAAACCUGGUGGAAUUAUUUUAUUACGAGAUUAUGGCCGUUUUGAUCUAGCCCAGCUUCGCUUUAAGAAAGGUCAAUGUCUGGCUGAUAAUUUCUAUGUGAAAGGAGAUGGAACCAGAGUUUAUUUCUUCACACAAGAUGAGUUGGAUUUAUUAUUCUCUACUGCUGGCUUAGAGAAAAUUCAAAAUAUUGUUGACCGCCGCCUCCAGGUGAACAGAGGAAAACAAAUCACCAUGUACAGGGUCUGGAUCCAAUGUAAAUAUCGGAAGCCACUGGGAGAUAAUAAGACUGUAGCAGGGAGAAUUUCUUCAAUUGUUAAUUGAACUUAAUGAGAUAUCCUUUUCUAGGAGAAUGUUUCCAUGCUAUAGAGGAAAUCAACAUAUAUAUGUUACACCAAUAUAACUCUGUUGUGCUGUUCUUGGAUGAUCAUUACUUUUUGAUGGUGAACAUUUUAAAUUUGGAACUGGGGGAAAGUUUCUCAGUUUACCCAGCAUUUGUAAUGAGUUUGGAUACAACCUGGUACAUUACACAGUUAUUUUGGAAUUCUCAUAACUUACAUGAUUACUUAUAAAAUAUUUGGGCUUAUUCAUCAUUCCUACAGAAACAGCUUCAGUCCCAGUUUAUCCAUUGCCAAAGAAAGAGAAAAGAGGUUUUCUCUUCUUAGGUGGUCUUUUUUCCCUAAUUUUAGAUCAUUAAAUUUUAAAAUGUGUUUUUGGUCAAUACUGAAUCCCUUUAGGUUUGGAGAUUUUUGUAUCACAAGAUAGCUUUUUCAAUUUUGGAAGGUUUACAACAGCAGUCUCCCAACCUUUCUGGCUUAGUGGACCAACGGAGGAGGUGACAGAGUGAGUGAAGGGAUAGUUUCAUGUGUGUGCCACUUUCAGAAAUGCAGCUUCACAUGCGUAUGCACUCACUCAUCCACUGUUUCCUGGGCCUGGUUCUGAACAAGCUGUGGCCUGGCCACGGCCUGGAGAUUGGGGACCUCCUGGUCUACAAUAUUAUGCAGGUGAACUGAUCAGCUUUUAGAUCAAGUUUUUCAAAAUUAAAUUGCUGAUAAAAACCAUGUUCUUCUCAUAUUCUUGCAUUGUCUCUGAAUAGGAAUGACUCAGAAUAAUUACUAAGGUCAUGCUUGUCAAAGUGUUUUUAGGAAUAUGGUUCCCUGUUAAGCUAGGAUACAGAGGAGCACAUAUUGCAUGGAAAUGAUACGGACAAGUAUAGAACAAAAGUGAAAUACAAUAGUGUUGAAUAUGUGUUUGCAAGAUUAAUAGGUAUACUUAUUUGUUAUUUGCUGAGGGUUAUGAAAGUCUAUUCUUAGCAUGAAAGUAUGACUAAUUUGUUUGACACUAAGAGCAUAUGCUAUGCAAUUAAAAUUAUUAUAGAAAUGGGCAAACAUUGAAAGUAAUGCUGCUUAUUUUUAAUAGUGUUGUUGAGUUUUGGGAUAUACUCCACAUAUAGUUAAGCUAUAGAAUAUUUUAUUAAAGGUCUAGGAUAAUGGGAAGGAUGGGACAUAGGCAAAGGUUCUGUAAAGUCCCGAGAGCCACCUUUUCCUGUGCUCUAUAUCCAUCCUGUUCAUAAUCUCACUGAUCAAAGUUUUCAAAUAGACAGCUCCACAUAAUCUUGGUUCUUCCCAGAUUGUGUAUGUAACUGGUACUAGCAUGUUUUCUGGACCCUGAGUAGAUGUGCUUCAGAGCAUCAUAUAUAUGCAUUUGUGAAGCUCUGCAUUUUACUAGGGCCAUAGUUUCAAAGAGUGUUGCCAUUUUAGCAUAGCAGUACCACCCUAUGAAAGACAUAAAAGAUUUGUAGUAUUUAUUGGCAAGAACUUCCACAUUACUACCCAAUUUUCCAUUUUAGCUGCAAAAAUCAACUGCAGCAAAUUUGAUUUUUUUUUUCUUAUGGCCAAGGAAGAUUUCACAGGUCUGAGAAAUACCUUUUAUGUGGGUGACAGCUCGUUGCAAUGUGUAUUAGUAUGGUAAUGCUUACUUUGGUGCUAAAUGUCAAGUCCAUUGGCAAUCACAUUUAACAACAUAAGAUCAGUACCAGUAGAAAUAUAGAUGCUAUAUAAUAAUCCUGGAAGCUUUUGUUGCUAUUCUGAAGUGCAAAGGACUUGUACUAUUGGUAGGAGUGUGUCUGUGCAAGAUGAGGAGAUGGUCUGAUCAGGAUAAAAUUAUAAACCUUCUUUUCACCCUUA